CGGUGGCUGGGGCAGCUCCGCCCCGGCGCCAUGUUCGCGGUGCCGCUGCGCCUGGCCCGGAGGUUCACGUUUGUAACCGGGAGCGUGACCAUGGCCACGGGGGGGACAACGGCGCCCCCCAGCAUCCCUCGUCACACCAACCGCCUCAUUAACGAGAAGUCCCCGUACCUCCUGCAGCACGCUCACAACCCCGUGGACUGGUACCCUUGGGGUCAGGAAGCCUUUGAUAAAGCAAAGCAGGAAAACAAGCUGAUAUUCCUGUCAGUCGGUUACUCCACCUGCCACUGGUGCCAUGUGAUGGAGGAGGAGUCCUUCAAGAACGAGGAGAUCGGGGAGAUUAUGAACAAGAACUUUGUGUGCAUCAAAGUGGAUCGCGAGGAGCGGCCAGAUGUGGACAAAGUGUACAUGACCUUCGUGCAGGCAACCAGUGGUGGAGGUGGCUGGCCGAUGAGUGUCUGGCUGACUCCGGACCUCAAGCCCUUCGUAGGGGGGACGUACUUUCCCCCUGAGGAUGGAGUUCAUCGCGUGGGCUUUCGGACUGUGCUGCUCCGAAUCGCAGAGCAGUGGAAGGAGAACAAAGAUGCCCUGUUGCAGAACAGCCAGAGGAUCCUGGAAGCAUUGCUACACACUACUGAGAUCCGUGUGCGGGGCCAGGAGUCACCCCCACCAUCUGAAAUGGUGAUGGCCACUUGUUUCCAGCAGCUCUCCAACUCCUAUGAUGAGGAAUACGGCGGCUUUUCCGAAUCCCCCAAGUUCCCCACCCCAGUGAAUUUGAAUUUCCUCUUCACAUACUGGGCCCUGCACCGAACAACCCCCCAGGGUGCCCGUGCUCUGCAGAUGGCUCUGCAUACUCUCAAGAUGAUGGCCCAUGGGGGCAUCCAUGACCACAUCGGUCAGGGCUUUCAUCGCUACUCCACUGACCAGCACUGGCACAUCCCUCACUUUGAGAAGAUGCUGUACGACCAGGGGCAGUUGGCAGCUACGUAUAGCAGAGCGUUUCAGAUCUCUGGUGAUGAAUUCUUCGCCGAUGUUGCCCAGGACAUUCUGCUCUAUGUCUCACGGGACCUGAGUGACCAGUCAGGAGGUUUCUACAGCGCAGAAGAUGCAGAUUCCCACCCGACCCCUGAAUCCAGAGAGAAGCGAGAAGGAGCUUUCUGUGUGUGGGCAGCUGAGGAAAUCCGGGCUCUCCUUCCUGACCCUGUCGAGGGAGCCACAGAGGGGACAACCCUGGGAGAUGUCUUCAUGCACCACUAUGGAGUGAAGGAGACUGGCAACGUGGACCCCAUGAAGGACCCCCACCAGGAGCUGAAGGGCAAGAACGUCCUCAUUGUGCGGGGCUCCCCGGAGCUGACGGCGCCCCGGUUCGGGCUGGAUCCGCCGCGGCUGGCGGCAGUGCUGCGGGAGGGCCGGCAGAGGCUGGCUGCUGCCCGGGCACAGCGCCCGCGCCCGCACUUGGACUCCAAGAUGCUGGCGGCGUGGAACGGGCUGAUGAUCUCGGGCUUUGCUCAGGCUGGGGCAGCCCUGGGCAGGCAGGAGUACGUGACCCGGGCCGUGCAGGCGGCCACCUUCCUGCGGAGGCACCUUUUCGACCCCAGCAGCGGGAGGCUGCUGCGGAGCUGCUACCGGGGCAAGGAGCAGGCGGUGGAGCAGAGUGCUGUGCCCAUCCAGGGCUUCCUGGAGGAUUAUGUCUUCGUCAUCCAGGCUCUCUUUGACCUGUAUGAAGCCUCACUGGAUCAGGGCUGGCUGGAGUGGGCCCUGCAGCUCCAGCACAUGCAAGACAAGCUCUUCUGGGACCCCAAAGGCUUUGCAUAUUUCUCCAGUGAGGCUGGGGAUCCCUCCCUGCUCCUGCGCCUGAAGGAUGACCAAGAUGGAGCAGAGCCCACUCCCAACUCUGUCACGGUCACAAACCUGCUCCGAGCAGCUUGUUACUCUGGCCAGACAGACUGGGUGGAAAAAGCCAGGCAGAUCUUGGCUGCCUACUCAGAGAGGCUGCAGAAGAUCCCAAUAGUCCUGCCAGAGAUGGCCCGGGCCACCGCUGUCUUCCAUCACACCGUCAAGCAGGUCGUUAUCUGUGGGGACCCCCAAGGAGAAGACACCAAAGAGAUGCUGCGCUGUGUCCACUCUGUCUUCAGCCCAACCAAGGUGCUGAUGCUGGCAGAUGGAGACAGCGCUGGGUUCCUCUACCGCCAGUUGCCUUUCCUUGCAUCCCUGGAGAGGAAGGAUGGGAAAGCCACCGCCUACGUCUGCAGCAACUUCACCUGCUCCCUGCCCAUCACCUCGCUCCAGGAGCUGCGUGGGAUGCUCUGCCCGUGAUCCCUCUGCCCCUGAGGGACUGAGACACCCAUAAUAAACCCACCCUCAGCAUCAA